GUUUUUGAGAGAGGAGAAUUUUUUCCAUCCUUAGCUAGUAGAUUGAGCCUGCAUCAGUUCUAUCUUCAUUGGAUGUCCACCGUCAAAAGUAAUUCCGCUUCCACUCCCUCAAAAAUCUCUUUGUGAUCAACUUUAGAAUUUCUCAAAAAGCCAUGGAACUUUUUGAUGAUAUCUGGGGAGAAAAGGGAUUCUUGAAUCUGUCAGAAGCAGACAACGAUGAUGAGUUCCACAACCUGUCAACAGAAAACCUCCUCGUUCUUCCAGAAGACAACACCAAGGAAGAUGAGGAGUUUUCCAUGAUCUAUGACGAAGAUCAACCCUCUGAAAACGUUUGUUUCUCAUAUGGGAGAAAGGAAAGAGAGCAAGAGGCAAAAACUCUGUCGGUAGUGCCAAUUGUUACAGAAGUCGAGGGGAGUGUUGGGAAAAUUCAAUUUUCUACUACAUCACUAUCUUUGGCUCAAUAUCCUACUGUUGCUUCCUCUGGCAUGUCACCACGAUAUGAACAGAAUAAUUCCACCUAUGCAACAUCAUCGCCCCCUUUCAACAUAUUCACCGAUACCAUAAGACAACCAACUGUGCCCGAACGAUCUUCUUCUUUAUCGUUCUCUGGAUUAUUAGCUAGGGACAAUAGGCAUGAAUACAAGCACAGGAAGAAGGUUCCAUCUUCUACAAUGAAAUCGAGAACUUCCUACCCUGGCAGAGAGAAAAAUAGCAUUGAUAAAAUAAUUGAAGAGUACCAUAAGAAACAUGCUGGAAAGUUGGGAGUCGGGCACGCCAAUCCAAAACCACUAGCUUCUAAAGUCAUUCAGAAGAAGCCAACUAGACGAAAGGGUCAUAAAUAUUCAAGAAGUUGGGAAGGACAUGUGGUAGAAUGCCAAGAUCAACGCAGUGGAUCAAGAACAUCUGAAACCCCUGAGGGAUAUCAGUUUGAUUUUGAUGAAAAAGCUCAGUUCCAGAUGGCUGAAGAGGAAGAUUCUUUCCAACAAGUGGGCCAAGCACAAAAACAGCAUAAGAGUGUAAAUUCUUUCCAGCAGAUGGGUCAAAUGGGACAGAAAUCUCCAAAAACAACAUCUUUCCAGCAAAUGGGCCAGGCAAUGGAUAACCUAUUCACGCAGGAAGUGCAACAGUUCAAUUACAAUUACCAAUCCCUUCUGUCACCUCCAAGCAUAAAUGCCCAACAGCCAAGCCUUUCUUUCCAGCAACUGGGCCAUACAUAUUAUGAUUGGAACUCAUAUCCCUUCAACUAUACAUCAGUUCUUGAUGAACCCCACUCGCCGUUAUUCCCAGAGAGAAACUUAUGGAUACCUCGAGAAGCCGACAAUCUACCUAAUCAGUCGCAUUAUGAAUUUCAAAUGCCUGCUGUUCAAACACAGGAUUUUGAAACUCAGCAGAACACAACUGCGAUAGAUGGAAAUUAUACAACCGCACUUCCUUUGUCUCUACACGAAUCUUUCGGGUCUGAAAGAAGAAGUGGCCCAUCCUCCGAGUCAUCAUGGGCCAGCCCUUCGUUUUCUCCAUGGCAACCACAAACCGACUACACACAUAGGCCAGAAAAUAUGCAAGGAUGGGAAAUAUAGUUCAUCUAACGUGGAUGGCAGGUAGUCAUCAAUACAAGAAGACGAGAUUUCUCAGAGAAGUUCUCGGAUUUCAAUCCAGGUCCAAAUGUUACGCCACCAAGUUGUUUUCACCUUAUCUACCAAUACACAGCAGCCGACCAGAUAUCUCCAACCAAAUUUCGUAUUAGGAGUAUCUUAGAAAAACAGGCAGCAGAAAAAAAGUUCCGGUCAGAUGGGGUCAGAUUCACGUCUUUCUCAUUCCUUUUGAUGACACCAGAAGACCUUUAGUGGUACCUUACGGUCAUAUUGCGUUGCUACUUCCAAUUCGAUGAUUUGAAGUUUUACCGAGAUUUCUGGUAUGAUAUACUCUCGUGAAGUAAGGAAUCGCGAGUUCUGGUUUAUUGCUAGAUGGAAGAGACCCCGCAGUCUUGAGGCCGGAUUCCUGACAUUUCAAGUAGAUAGCGUUCUCAACCUUUCUGUAAAUAUUUCUCUGUA